GCGAUCUCGAAUACCACAACAGUAACGUCCGUGCACACACGCUAAUGCAGGCUACAUGCAAUGCCUCAUGAAAUGUUCCUGAGUGCACAGAUGAGUAACCCAGCACAAGAACAUUUACCGUAGUGAACUUACAACAGCUAAAGCAAGUCGCAUACCUUCCGCCGCCAUGCCCGGGACAAGAGGCCCAGUGCCAGUGCCUCUCCACCCCAAUGGCGGCGACCGCGACCUUACCCAAGAAAUCUUGAACGCCGUCGACGAACAUGAAACCGUACCGACCAACGAGCUCUUCCCGCACACAUCACAAGCCGAGAUCAAGGCCGCACUAGAUCGGUUAGCGAGUCGGCAGAUGGUCGAAUAUGACACCAACGACAAGGAGCACGUCGUCCUGACACAAGAAGGCCAAGAUAUCGUGGAUGAAGGCAGCCAUGAGUACAAGGUCUGGGAUGCAGUACACAAGGCUGGCAAGCUGUCGCCAAAGGACCAAGCAUUAUCAACACCUUCAGCCAAGCUCGGGCAGGGCAAUGCGAUCAAGCUGAAGUGGAUCAAGAAGGAUGGCGACGCUUUCGUGCCACUCACAGAUUCGGUGACGGAUACGACGAGAGAGCAACUACGGUAUGCGUCGGAGCACCACGCUUUCGAGGAUGCUAAGCUGCUCAAGGAUUACCAGAAGCGAAAGUUAGUGGCGACGCAAAAGGUGAUCACGUACAUUGCGCGAAAAGGACCGAGAUGGGCGCGAGAGAUACCCGUAGAGGUGACGGAUCUGACGGCAGAGAUGAUCGCGGAUGGCAGCUGGAAGACGGCCACCUUCAAACCAUACAACUUCAAAGCGAGAGGUGUGCUAGGUGAGGCCGGCCACGGCGGGACGGGCGCCUUGCACCCUCUAAACAAAGUCCGGGAAGAGUUCCGCAAGAUCUUCUUCAAUAUGGGCUUCGUGGAGAUGCCAACGGCACGCUUCGUCGACUCCGGCUUUUGGAACUUCGACGCCCUUUUCGUGCCGCAACAACAUCCCGCCCGGGACCUGCAGGACACCUUUUACGUCUCCGACCCCGCCGAAGCCGGACCACCAGGCGCAGACGAGUCCGUCGACGUCGUGUUGGCGGAAACGGCAGAAGAAGAUGACGACGAAAGCGACAAACCCACAUCUUCUGACCCCGCCACCCGCGCCGCUGAAACGACAUCAAAACUAGAUUACAACGAGUACUUUGAAAACGUGAAACGCGUGCACCAAGACGGCGCCUUCGGCUCGAUCGGCUACCGCUACCCCUACAACGACGCCGAAACGCGCCGUCUCGUCCUCCGCACCCAUACCACUGCCAUCUCGGCUUACUGUCUGCAUCGCCUUGCCGCUAAUCCGCGUCCGUGUCGUUACUUCUCCAUCGACCGCGUCUUCCGCAACGAAACGGUCGACGCCACACAUCUUGCUGAAUUCCACCAGAUUGAGGGUGUCAUUGCGGAUUACAACCUUACGUUGGGUGGAUUACAGGCGUUCCUGAAACGCUUCUUCCGCAAUAUCGGCGUCCCGGAUCUCAAGUUCAAGCCCGCGUACAACCCCUACACGGAACCGAGUAUGGAAGUCUACGCGUGGCAUGAGGGGCUAGGCAAGUUAGUCGAGAUUGGGAAUAGUGGUAUGUUCCGGCCGGAGAUGUUGUUGGCGAUGGGACUGCCUGAAGAUCUACGAUGCUAUGGCUUUGGGUUGUCGCUCGAGAGACCGACGAUGAUUAAGUACGGUAUAUCGAACAUUAGGGAGUUGCUGGGGCAUAAGGUGGACAUUGGGGAUAUUGAGAAGAUGCCGGCGGUUAGGCUAGACAGGGAGUAGGGUGCUCGCAUGACCAGCGCCCGUCGCAGGAGCGAUUGUCUUGUCAAUGCUCUACUUGGCAUCGCUUACUGCCGCCUUGCUCAAAGGGUCAAAAGAGCGUGCUUUAUAUCACGUCACGUGCGCAAACCACCGUCUUAGUAUCACGUGGUGCCUCCAAGGUGGCUUACGCUUGUUGAUCCUUCGUCCCUUUCCAG